CAGAUGACUAGAGUCUAGACUUAAAUUACCUACGUUACCUAAAUUCACGCCGAAAAAUACGUUUUAGAAACGAUUUUCCUCAAUAACAUCGAUCAGCGUGAAAUAUUCGUUUAAUACAAAAGUAGUAAUGGGGAAAUGUGACAAAACGAUACCGCUAGAUGCGGAACUACUGACAGCAGAAAUCGAAAAGCAUGUCGACCCUGUCCUCGGAUCAGUCCUUUUAAACGAAUCCUGUUUAAACUAGCAGCAGGACUACAUCCAAAGAGCUGUUCCCGGAUCAGCCCAAAACACUCGAGGCUGUAGCACGCACAUUGAUGAUGUCAUUCGCCGAGAACAACAACAGCCUCUCACAGGGAUUAGCCGCUUAGUUUACUCCAAAGUACUGACUUAUUCGCUCUCAUUUAAAAAGCUUUUUUGAAUUAAGAGAUCAGUCAGACCAUCACGGUUGUUUGAGUUAAAAUAUUUCACCGGGCGAACUUUAGAACAGAAGACAUUUCACAGCUAUCGCUAAAAGAUAUCAGGCCGCUAUGACAAGCUAACGACGCGCUACUAAAUUUACUGGUUUUGCAAGUUUGUAUAUUUUGGAUUUGAAAAAAAAAAUACAAGACUUAUUUCUUCCACCAGUCUCUCUGAGCAGAGUGUUACAGUGUGCUUGCCUAUAAUAUUAACUUGACAUCCCAGAAAUAUGCUAACAUGUUAAAGGUGCAGUGAAACGUCACUCAUUGAGAGAGCAAGACAAAAGGAUGAUCUUAAGGAUUUAAUCAAGCACUGACAAUAUGCCUCAAGGGAAGAGAGCACUUGUUCCUGUUAAUACAAGGAGAAGGGUUAAAGCUGAUGAAGAUUACUUCCCUUUCAACUCCCUGCCGGUGGAAUGUCAGCUCCAUGUGCUCUCAUUCCUCAGUGAGGUAGACAAAUGCAACUCUGCCCUUGUGUGUGCGAGCUGGAGCUGCUUAGUGCGCUCUUGGAAGCUCUGGAGGGUUGCAGACUAUUCCCGCCGUGGGGUUUUUCAUCUUGGCCAGGAGGGUCUGCUCGUUUCCAACAGAGAGUUUGAGCGCUGGAAGGCUUGGGUUCACCAUUACACCCAUCAUCUUAUAUCCCGUGGGGCUAGUUUGCUCACUCUGAAGGCCAGUUUUGAUCUAGGAGACCAGUGCAAUAAAUGGGGAGAGCUCCUGUCGCACCUUCUAGAGAACGUGCAUUGCCGGGAUCUUAGUCAUUUAGACUUGAACUGGACAUUUACGCUGCUUGAACCUCUUGACCUUCGUGUCCACACCAGUUCUAGUUCCCAUCAAGACAAUAUUACCAAGAUGGACCAGAUUAAUAACUUUCAGGUUCUCCUGGCCAGACUCGUCCACAGCUGUCCCAGGAUUGCCAAAAUGCGCCUGCACUUUGACUGGUCCGAAACAUCAGUUGCACUUAUCACUCAGUUUCAACAACUCCGUAUCUUAGAAUUGAAGUACUUUUGGGUAUUCAAAGGGGUCAGUCCGAACACUUUACAGACGCUGACGAAAUCCCUGCCUAAUCUAAAAUCCCUCACGCUCCAUGUUCUUGUUCCACUGCGAAAUCUAGGCAUCUCAUACACCCUUGAAUCCCUUUCGCUCGAGUUCCUAGAUGUGUCACCCAGUCGAGGUCUGGUCUUCUCCUGCCUCAACCUCCCAGCACUGCGAGAGCUGCGGGCAAAAAAGAUAAAUCGGGGCAUUACUCUGGACCGCCGGACUCGACUACAGAUACAGAGCCGAUGGCCCUGCUUGUAUCAGGUCUUACGUGAAGGGACGCCCAAACUUCAGGCCCUUAACAAUGAAAGACUCCUUCCCAACUGGAAAGAGCAAAGUUACCGAGAGCUGACGUCUAUCCUCCAGCAGUCUUGCUAUUGUCUUCAGCAUUUAGACAGUUGGCUCUGGUGAAUUCAAGACUUAAACAAUACCAGGCCACACAUAACGGCCUAAAGGGGCACGGCCACAUCCUGAAGAAAAUGAUGUAGGAAAAUUAGAAGGACCAAAAUAUAAUUGGAUAACACACUUCUGCUGAUCCUCUAUAAUAAAAAAUAUUUAAAACUGUAAUUUAAUUAUAUGUCAGCCAUCCCUUGCUAGCAAAUAAUUGGAGUAAGUUCAAUAUAGGUCCAGAUUCUUAACUAUACAAUUAUGUUUAAAAAGAGUUUUGGCUUGUGUUGCUAUGAAAGUUUAUGUUCCAGGCUGAAGUGUGUGCAUUUUUUAGGAGCUUAGGUGAAUUCAGGAAAAUUGUUCUAUUGUGCAAAAAGGAGGAUAAAGCGGAUUGCUGCAAUGGAGUGUGGAUCAUUUUGACAAGAACUUUAAUUCCUUAAAGCAUUUCAGUUCUUAUGUGUUUCAGUUGGAGUCCUCAAAAAACAAAGUGUUUUUUUGCCUUUAUUUUGUGUGUAUUUUUGUCUUGAACUAGAUUUUAUUUCAGUAUUUACAGCUAUCCGUGACCAAAAGUUAUAACAUCCCCUGAUAAUCUAUAUUUGAGACAAUUCAGAUGGCAAUUUAAUUUGAAUCUUUUUUUCAUAAACUGGAAUUUCAAUAGAUGGAUUUUCUUUUUUUUUUUAUCAAGCCUAGGAUUGGGUAUUUUAAGUAUUUUUACAUGUGUGAAAAUAUGUAUUGUGUUGCGUCUUCAUGUUCAUCCAUGUUUGGGUCAAAUGUCUUGCAUAAUAUAAUUAAAAGGACAGUUAUUAAGAUUGAGUUUCUAAAGAAGUAAUGAGAGUACAACUUGAACUGCUAAGACAUUCCUGGCAUUUUGAGGUAUCAGCUGACCAAUGAAUAAGCAUAGAUUCACUGAGAUCAGAUGCUCAGCAGCAUUCAUGCUAAGCAUUAACCUAUACCUUAAAGACAUAAUGUGCCUUUGAUGACAAUUGUGACAAGUUUUUUUUUUCUUUGAUUUUAUGAAAUGAAAAUAUUUCUUUUAGCCUCAAACCAAUUGAUCAAUCACUUAAUUUGUUUCACGUACACACAGGUUUUUGCAGCUGGAUUUCCUAGUAAACAACCCGAAGGAUGAAAAUAUGAUUUGAAUGCAAUCUCUCAUGCUCGUCCACAGGAUGGCACCCUUUUCUAGCUUUUCAGUUGUUUCUUUCUUGCCACCCCUAAAAGCAGCAGUCUGCAGUGGUGCAGUGAUCAAUAAAUUCUGUGUACAGACUGGAAUUGAAAUGGCUAUAAUAAAUUUAUAUGAUUUUACUUGA